AUGAGGAAACUGACGACAGAUUCGCAACUAUCAAACGAAACAAUGCGAAGAAUUAAAAACGUGGUAGCCACCAUGUCCCAGUGUUUGGUGGAGAUCGGUGACAAAGAAGAGAAGUUUGUGGGUAGCCGACAAUGGAUAGGAAUCGAGUCACGUUUCAUUGUCACGAAUUCCGGAGCCGAAGUGGCUGAGCGAGUGCGCGAACUCGCACUGCACUUCCAGACGGUUGGCACGCCAGUAAUGAUAGGUGGAGGGCAGUUGGCGCACACAAUUCUGGGAGUGGAUUUCGAUGAAAAUACUGGUGAAUGCGGAUUUCUAGUCCUUGAUCCACACUACACUCGGAUCAGAAGAUCUCAAAGUAGUGCUAAACAAGGGCUGGUGUGGAUGGAAGCCACCGUCGUUUUGGAACCCAGAGUACUUUUACAAUAUGGUACUACCUCAACUCCCAAGAAUACUUUGUGA